AUGUCGGUAGGCGGUAUCACCUAUGAUGGAGUGCCCGGCGCCAGCGGCGUUCUCUUCAAGGAUCUGAAGUUCUUUGUUUCACUUCGCGUGCCCGACAGAGUGAAACUCCUAGAACUUAUCAAGGAAAACGGCGGCACCAUCGCCAAGUUGGAAACCCAGGCGGACCACUACAUUACUUUUGCCAAUGGGCCUACCCCAGCAGGAUCGCUCGAUUGGAAGUUUAUCAGACACUCCGUCGAUAACGGCGCGAUACAAGAAACGGAUAAGUACGAGAUGCACCAGACACCCAGAGCUUCGCGGCCUGUUGGUGGCUUUCAUCCUGCUGGCGGCUCCCGUCCCGCAGCCAAGGCCAACUCUGCCCCCGUUAAAGGAACCCGCACACCGUUCAGCGCCGCCGACGAUGCGAGUCUCUCCAAAUGGGUGCUUUCUCAUGCGGCAAAUAAAAAAAGCGGCAAUGAGAUCUAUCAGGUAUUCGAGACGAUAAACAAUCGUCAUACCUGGCAUUCUUGGAGGGAUCGAUGGGUGAAGAAGCUUUCCAAGCUGCCUCCGACCGAGCUCGAGAAGCUGGCUGCUGCUGCUCCAGAGAUGGCAUUGCCGCUGCCACCGGCAGCCGCGACUUCUUCCAAACGACCUGAAGCUACCCGACCAGCGGUGAAGAAGGCGCCUCCGGCUGCCCAAACUGUCUCGCAAUUGCCUUCGGCGAAGGCAGCGGCGAAACCGAGGGCGAAAUCGAGCUCCGCCACCCAUCAGCCAGACGUCAAAGCGCCAUUGACUCCAGCGAAGAGAACCAAGUUCACAGGGGCAGAGGACGACCUGUUGAUACGCGAGGCAGGCAGAUUUGGCGGUACACCCGACACCAAAUUCUUCAAGAAGUUCUCAGAAAAGCAUUCCAGUCGUUCAGAGGGUGCGUGGAGACGGCACUGGACACAGAUAUUGGAGCCGCGGCUUCGGGAGAGCUCUAAGGAAAGCCUUGAGGAGAGCGGAUCCUUGCCUGAAGGACCCCCCACGGUCGACAGAAAGACCCGACCGGACACAGCUUCCAGCGGCAAGCCAAGUCGACAGGGCGAGAGUCCUUAUGACGAGAGGCCAAACGAGUCGAAUGGCCAGUUUACGGAGAUUCCAGCGCCAGAGGUUGCUCCAUCUAGUGCGAGCCCCGUGAGAAAGAAAGACGAGGCGAAACAGGUGCUGGAGCCUAGAGUCAAAGAGCCCACAGCUGUCACAAGAGAGAAAUUCUACGGCGAUUUGGGGGGCUACCGUAUUCACAACAAUCUCGACACCCAAAUUAACCCCGAAAUCAAUGAUCAGCCUAUCGACUUGUGGCGAUUGUGGCAAGCUGUUGGAGACCAGUACCAGAAAGGUGCGGUCGAGCCCGACUGGGCAGCAGUUGCAGAUGGGCUGGGCUUCCACGUUGAAGAUGCCCAGCUGAUACAACAAUGCUAUGCAGACUACGUCGCCCACUUUGCCACCUGCGGCAUUUUGGACGAACCUGACGUAGAAUCGUCAGAGGAUGAUGAGGUUUCACAGCCUGACGACGAAAACGCCGUACCGGACGUGCCGCUAGAACUUCUACAGACACAACGAGCGGCCACCCCGGGCGCUUCUAGGAAGAGGCGAGCAAUCACUGUCGAGACGUCUGGUUUCCCGUCGACACCAAACAGCAGGAAGAAGCGACAGCGCCUAGGCCCAGACGACGAGAUCCCAUCGACUCCCGAUGAGAAGCUAGGUCUCGCAAGCUUCAAAACCCUUGGCCCUAGCCCCUCGCUUAGCGUAAAACGCUGGACGGUCAGUGAGGCGCAAGUAGAGGUGGCCGAAGAGAUGGCCGUGGAGGAAGAAGAGCCUGGACAGGAACCAGCUGGCAAGCCCCGUCGUUUGGAGCCCGAAACACAGGACUUUGGCUUCGAUGAUGCCUUCAGCGCCCCUGACAAAUCGCAAGACAGCAUCGAGUUUGACAUAUCACCAUCACAACAGCUUUUGGGCGAGGAAGAGUCUGUGACCCCCUUGCCUUUGUCUUUCAAGAGAGAUAAGGGGAAGGGGGUCGACCGGAACCAGUCACCCACUCCUGCACAAGUUCAAGAGUCGCCCACGGAAGAGGGAGAGGAAGAGGAAGGGAAAGAGGAAGAAGAAAAAGAAGAACUAGACGAAGCCCCGAUGGAAGCCGCAGAUCAAGCCAUGGUCGAUUCUCAAGAGUCAACAGAUAAGACUGUUGAGCUCGAGGACCUCAUGAACCGGUUCGUCUCGUUUGGCUACCCGCGCGAGGAUAUCGUCUUGGCGCUGAUGGCUACUUCGCUGUGCGCACCGCUAGCUACGAGUCUGGUGAAGUACUUGAAGGAGCACAAGGACCUUCCCAACAAUUGGCAGGGAGUAUGGACGGCUAAUGAUGACAAGCGGUUGAGGCGUAUCGACGCUGCUGGCUCAGAGGGCGGCCCGGAUGGGGCCAAGAUACAGAAGUACUGGGAUUACCUGGAGUCGAAGCACACGCGGAUUCGUAUCGCGCAGAGAAGGAAGUUUCUCGCGUAUCUGGAUGAGACCGGGCAGAGCUCUCAAUGA